ACCUAUGUAUUAUUUAAUGUAUUCUAUAUAAUUAUAGUACAAUUCACAUUUCACCAUUUCAACAUUUUCUAGUGAAUCACUAUAUCAUUAUUCAUUAUAUAAUACAACUAGUAUUGUUAACAUUUGACAUAUUAUAUUUAUUUUAUUUACGGUCAUCCGAUCAUCACUUCUUAGGUUUCAAAAUCGUCUGUGCCUAAGUGACGUCGUACCACUCGUACCGCAGUUAAUAAUUUAUUAUAUUACACAUCAUGUUUAGAAAAUUUGCAUCUGCGGUUUCAACAGUUCGCUUAGCACAAAAAAAUUUCCAGAACAUUUCAAAGUUGAAUCAAAUUACAAUUAAUAAUUCAGUUACCCGAUCGUUUUCUUUAUCUCCGGUGACUGAUGUUAAGGUACAAGAACCUGCACCACAAUUUGAGGGUAAAGCUAUUAUUGAUGGACAAAUAAAAGAUAUUAAGCUAUCAGAUUUUGCUGGAAAAUACUUGGUUUUAUUUUUUUAUCCCUUGGAUUUCACAUUUGUUUGUCCUACUGAAUUAGUGUCAUUUAGUGACCACAUUGAUGAAUUUAAAAAAAUUGGUGUCAAUGUAGUUGGAUGUUCAUGUGACUCACAUUUUUCACAUUUAGCAUUUGUUAAUACUCCUCGAAAGCAUGGUGGUUUGGGUGGACUGAGUUAUCCAUUAUUAUCAGAUUAUAAAAAGGAAAUCGCCAAAGCAUAUGAUGUUCUUAUUGAACCCGAUGGCAUACCACUCCGUGGCCUCUUUAUUAUAGAUCCUAAGGGUAUAAUAAGACAAAUUACCAUUAAUGAUCUGCCAGUAGGCCGUAGUGUAGAUGAAGUCUUAAGACUUGUUCAAGCUUUUCAAUUUGUUGAUGAACAUGGAGAAGUGUGUCCAAUGAACUGGAAGCCAAAUAGUCCAACUAUUAAACCUGAUCCAAAUCUUUCAAAGGAAUAUUUUGAUAAAGUCAACAAAUAAAUUAUAGUUCAAUGCUGAAAA